AUGGUAACAUUUUUUGGCGUUACCGGCAAUCAGGGUGGCUCAGUUGUCACACAGCUGCUCAAUGACUCCAGCCUCGCAAAAGAGUUCAAGAUCCGUGGUGUCACGCGCGACAUCUCCAAGCCUGCUGCUCAAGAUUUAGCAAAGAAGGGUGUAGAGGUGGUCACUGUAAGUCGAUCCACUAUGCGGUGGGCCGAAGUCACGUCCGAUGCUCAUCUCUUAUUAGGGGGCGUGGAACUGAGCCAUAACAACCUUGAGGAGAAGCUGACGACGUACGAGGAGUACUUGAAGAAGACGAAUGCAUUCGGUGCUUGA